CAGAUAGAAUCUAAGAUGACACACACCUGUCACAAUCCCCACCCAUCUCCAACCCACACCUCAGAUCUACUGUAGGGCAGCAACUUGACAAUAAAGCCCACAGCUCCAGAGGAACUCAUUUCACUGUCAAGCUCUCUCUUUAACGGGUAAAAUGUUAUGGACUAUAUUUUUACUGCUCAAUGGUCUGCUCGCUCUCGUCAUUCUUUACUCUUCCCGCUCAAGACAAAAGAAUGAACCACCAUUAGACAAAGGCUUCAUUCCGUGGCUGGGUCAUGCCCUGGAGUUUGGAAAAGAUGCUGCAAAGUUUCUAACACGGAUGAAACAAAAACAUGGUGACAUUUUUACGGUGCGUGUUUGUGGUCGUUACAUCACUGUGCUGCUGGAUCCUAACUCCUAUGACGCGAUCCUCGAUGACAAAGUCUCUCUGGACUUCAGUCGCUACGCCCAGGUCCUGAUGCAAAGGAUCUUCAGCCUGAGACUACCCAAUCACAACCCAGACACAGAGAGGGCCUGGAUGGAACAGCACUUCCAGGGCCCUAGCCUGGCCAGAUUAAGCAGCACCAUGCACCUCCACCUCCAGACACUGCUACGGGAUGAGGAGAGGAGCUGUAGCCCAGCAGACUGGAGGCAGGAUGGCCUCUUCAGCCUCUGUUACAGCUUGCUCUUCGGGGCUGGGUAUCUCACACUGUUCGGUGCAGAGAACAGCAACGAUGUCACCGCACUCGCUACUGUCUACAAAGAGUUCCGCACGUUUGAUGGUCUCCUCGCAAAACUGGCACGUUCAACCCUCAAGCAAGAGGAGAAGAGGACAGCAAGCCUGUCCCAGGAGAGACUGUGGGAGCUGCUGUCCCCAGCGUGGCUGAGCAGAGGAAAGGGGUCAGAGAGCAGCUCCUGGCAGCAGAGUUACCUCCACCAUCUACAGACGGAGGGAGUGGAAACGGAGAUGCAGAGACGAGCCAUGCUGCUUCAGCUCUGGGCCACCCAGGGUAACGCUGGGCCUGCUGCUUUCUGGCUUCUGAGUUUCCUGCUCACGCACCCCGAGGCCAUGAGAGCUGUGAGGAAGGAGAUCAGAGGCCUGCGUCUACAGGAGGACGGCUCUCUACAGCGACACCCUCUGGACACACUGGAGCACCACAGCACACCUGUGUUCGACAGUGUUCUGAGUGAGACCCUGCGUCUGACCGCUGCUGCCCUCAUCACCAGAGAGGUGGUCCAGGACAAGACCCUUUGUCUGGCCAGUGGACAGGCAUACCACCUCAGACAGGGGGACAGGGUGUGUAUGUUCCCCUUUCUCAGCCCUCAGAUGGACCCCCAGAUACACCACGAUCCACAGACAUUUCAAUAUGACCGCUUCCUGAAUGCAGACGGGACAGAAAAGAAGAAGUUCUAUAAGGGCGGGGAGAGACUAAAGUAUUACACCAUGCCAUGGGGUGCAGGCAACAACAUGUGUGUAGGGAGACACUUUGCAGUCAGUGGCAUCAAACAGUUUGUGUUCAUGGUCCUCUCCCGGCUGGACCUGGAGCUGUGUGACCCAACCGCCAUCGUCCCUCCGGUCAAUCCCGGUCGCUAUGGUUUCGGGAUGCUCCAGCCCGACGGAGACCUGGAGGUCCGCUACAGACUCAAGACUCUGCAGUAGGACACGACCCCUAACCUCUGACUCCUGCAUCCUGCACUAGAACUAGGACAUGAUUAGCCUGGUCCCAGAUCUGUUUGUGCUGUAUAGCCAUGUUUGGCAUGACAAUGACAUUAGGAGUUGGCAAGACAGCCCAACCAAAUAUGGGACCAGGCUAGGACAUGACUUUCUCCUACAUCCUCCUGAUACUGACUGCACUCAAUACAAAUCAGUUUCAUGUUUUUAUUUAUAGUUUUUUUUCAAUGUUGUUUUUACAUUCAAACCAUAUCACUUGUACUGUAUAUCUCUGAAUAAUAAAUAAUGUAUCUGAAUUA